GACCUUCGACUCUGCCGGUCUCCCAUUUAUGUUUACCGUUCGUUGUGUGUCGGUCACCUGCCUCGCGUCAAUCAGCCACCCCUCACCCAGAGUGACGGGUCGCGGCGGGCCGGUUCGGGCGCCGUGCGCAGCUCUAGUGAACCGCGCCGGCGCCGAGCGCAGCUCCGGCGGCCGCUCCGGUCCGGUCACCGCGCCUUGUGACCUUUGGCGCUGGCUGGCCGGCCGGCGCUGCUGGCAGGAAUAGCAGCGGCGGCGCUGCGGCGGCCGGCAGUCGGUCGGCGGUCGGCGACGUGCCCGGGCGCGGGACGGUGACGGCGGCGAGCGCCACGCACCGACGCACGGACACUCGCUGCACGCGUGCAUACACAGCCGGCGCCCAUGUCGACGCGAGUGCAGCCGGUGUCGGCGGCCGCCGGCGGGAUGAAGAGCAAGGCGCCGCCGGUGCCGCAGGGCAGGCGGGCGGCCGGGUCACCUACGGGACCCACCGGCUCCAACGCCAUCCUCAAGGAGGCUGUCGACGCUGUGGUCAGCAGCUUCGCCAAGCACACGCAGGGCUACGGCAGAGUGAAUGUGGUGGAGGCGCUGCAGGAGUUCUGGCAGAUGAAGCAGGCGCGGGGCGCCGAGCUGAAGAACGGCGCCCUGGUCAUCUACGAGUCGGUGCCGGCGUCGUGUCCUCCCUACGUCUGCUACGUCACCCUACCGGGAGGCAGCUGCUUCGGCAGCUUCCAGAACUGUCCGACCAAAGCGGAGGCGAGGCGGAGCGCUGCCAAGAUCGCCCUGAUGAACUCCGUCUUCAACGAGCACCCGUCACGGAGGAUAUCGGACGAUUUCAUCGAGCGGGCCGUGGAGGACGCCCGCGCCACCUUCAAAGGCAGCCAGGACGCUGCAGACAACCCCAACACGGGCAUCGGCGCCUUCCGCUUCAUGCUGGAGUCGAACAAGGGCCGUACGAUGUUAGAGUUCCAGGAGCUGAUGACCGUCUUCCAGCUCCUUCACUGGAAUGGUUCCCUCAAGGCGAUGCGCGAGCGGCAGUGCUCCCGGCAGGAGGUGGUCGCCCACUACUCUCACCGUAACCUGGACGACGACAUGAGGUCGCAGAUGGCGCUCGACUGGAUCGCCCGGGAACAGGAGAUGUCCAACAUAAUCGCCCAGGAGCUGCGCUCCGCGGAGGAGGAGCUGGACCAGGCGCGCCUGGCUGGCCGCGAACUCCGCUUCCCCAAGGAGAAGAAGGAUAUUCUGAUGCUGGCCUGUGCCCAGCUCAACGGCGUCGACACCAUCUCCUAGAGAUCAGCGUCGACGACGACGGUGGCGACGGCGGCAGGGUGGCGGGUCACGUGAUCUCAGAGAAGGCCGACCCGCCGGCGCCGGCCGCCCGCGCGCCGCCGCCGCCGCCGCCAGCACAACAAAGUCCGUUCUUUCAGAUUUGUUUGAUGAGGUGUCGCGCCGCCGGCGCCGACUGAGCUGCUCUCCUGACUGACAAUAGUACGCCGGAGCUGUCAGCCACCCCGCUUCACCUAACCAUAGUGCCCCCGGACCGCCGCGCGACAGCAGCCAGCCGCCGCAUAUAGUGCUGAAUGCUGAUUAUAUAUACACAAACACACAUACACGCCCGACGCGAGACGAGAUUAAUCAAAGUGAUGUGUUACUGUUGCUGCAAGACGGCGCGCGCGCGAGAGAGAGAGAGAGAGAGAGAAGCGAUCGUAGUUUUUGUUUGAUGGUGUAAAUAUAUCAUGUGGCUUUAGAUGAACGUGCUCAUGUCCAAAGAUUUUUGCAGCACAAUCCUUUCGUUUUUCAAUCCCUUUCAGUCCAUGUAUUCAUCGUUCACAUGCAAAUUGAUUUUGGCAUUGUCUUCUUGUUUUGUUAAACAUGCGAUUACAAAUGGAAAUUACUCAGUCCGCUGCUAAGUAAAAAUCAUUAUAACGUAAAUCGUGGCACGAGUCGUUAGAAUGUGAUAUUGACUCAGUUUAGGUUGUUUGCUGGAAGUGCGACACGAGAACUCAGCUUCUAGAUAAAUGGUGGUUCUCUUUGCCUGCAGAUGUGUGCUGUUUAAAACACUAACGUAUACUACACGUCUGUCUGCUUUGCUUUCCGAUCCGAUCUGCUGAUUAUUCCCCCGAUACCGACGGCUUUGAACUGUACCCUCUGUCUGUGCUUCAGUAGCGUAUGCCCAACGUGAUUAUCGGUAUGUUGUGUGAACAGAUGCCACGGCCAUUUUAGUUGCAGUAUUUCUAGUGGCGCGGUUAAACUAAAGUAGUCCUCCGACUUAUGUUUGCUAGUAUGCGGGAUGAAAUUUGUGUCGGCUGAAUUGUUGCUCGCCGGGAGCUAUAACAUGAUAUUUGACUGCGCCCACGUGGAAACACCAUGCAAGGCAGGUGGAGCGUUGUAAUAAAUACCCGUGAUUGUAGUUGUCUGAGCGUGCGCUGAAUUCUCUGGUGCCAACUCCAAACGGCGGCGGCGGCCGGCCGGCGCCACUCCGCCGGCCGCCGCCGCACAGCCGCCGGCCCGUGGGUGAGUCUCGGCUCGGCCCUGUACAUACUGUGUAACGGUGCUCCGUCACCGACUGUAUUUGGCUCGUUCACAUUUCGUUUUUAGAGGGUCAAUAAAUGGAGCCACGCUCGCC